GUAUGUUGACGUCAGCGCGUCUGUGUGUUCAGCAUGGCGCUGCGCAGGGUGGCGUGUGUUCUGCUGCGAUCAGCGGUGGAUCUCGGGCUGAAGAAUAAUGCAAGAGCGCUGCGGUCCUCAGCUGUUCUGGGUCACUGGUCCCCUCCUCUGGGUCCGAUGCCCAAUGAAGACAUUGACUGGACACAGCUGGACUCGCUAGAGAAAUAUCGCAGUUACACUCGCUAUGUGAGAGCGGCGGAGGAGGCCGACAGGAAAGAGGUGUGGUGGAAGACCUACAGGAAGUACAGAGAAGAGGAGAAAAUGGAAGCUGCUGAGCCGGUCAACAUCGGGCUCCCUUACCAGCAGCCCUCCAGGAAGACACAAGUGAGGGAGAGGAGGAAAGUGAUGAAGGAGAACAAGAAGAACCCUGAGCUGGAGAGAAAUGCUCGACUGCGCAACUUUUGCGUUCCCCUGGACAGAGUUAAGGCGCAAUGGGAGAAGACAAAUGGGCCGCACCACAUCCACAGACUGGCAGAACACUAUGGAAUCUAUAAGGACCUCUUUCCCAUGGCGUAUUUUGUGCCGCGUGUCAUGCUGCGAGUGACUUACGGAGACGACAGCAAUGCAACAGUGCAUUAUGGGAAUCACUUAACGCCAAGUCAGGCUGCACAAGCACCUCAGAUAAGUUUUGAUGCAGAAGAGAAUUCUCUUUGGACGCUGUUGCUAACCAGCCCAGAUGAACAUCUCCAGGAUGGUGAGCAGGAGUAUCUGCACUGGCUGGUGGGGAAUAUCCCUGGAAGUACAUUGAAAUCAGGAGAGGAUGUCUGUCAUUACAUCAGCCCCUUCCCUGCCAAAGGAACCGGUUUUCACAGAUAUAUCUACAUCCUGUUUAAACAAGAUGGCCCGGUGGAUUUCAGCAGUGAUCGUCGACCCUCCUCGUGCUACUGUCUGAAGCAGCGGACUUUCCAAACUAUAGACUUCUACAGGAAACACCAGAAUGUGAUCACUCCUGCUGGUAUUGCGUUCUUUCAAAGCCAAUGGGAUGAAUCUGUCACUAACAUCUUUCAUGAGCGAUUAAAUAUGAGAGAGCCGGUGUUUGAGUACGUUAGGCCACCAGUGUAUCACCCACCUCAGAAGAAAUAUCCACAUGGACAGCCGCUCCGAUACCUGGACCGCUACAGAGAUGGAACAGAGCACACCUAUGGAAUUUAUUAAACGCACACAUUUUAUGUUCAUUCUGCUAUUAAAAUGACAGGUUUUGUUUCUAAUAAACUAUAUGUGUU